GGCAUGAGUAAUGCAUCCAACAGUGAAGACAAUGAUCAUGAAGUGGACAGUGGAAAUUCCUCCACAACUGGACUGUUGGGUACUGACAUUGAAGAGAUCAACAAUGAAGAUGACCAACCAAACACAGAAGAUGACAUGAGUAAUGCUUCCAACAGUGAAGACAAUGAUGAUGAAGUGAACAGUGAAAACUCCUCCACAACUGGCCUGUUAGGUGCUGACAUUCAAGAGAGUGACAAUGAAGAUGACAAAAUAAACACAGAAGAUAGCAUGAGUAAUGCAUCCAACAGUGCAGAUGAAGAAGAUGAAAUGGACAAUGAAAACUCCUGCACAACUAGCCUGUUUGGUGCUGACAUUCAGGAGAACGAGGAAGACCUGUCAGAUUCUGAAGAGAGCAUGCUUAAUGCUACCAGGAAUGAAGCUGGAAACGAUAUGGACAGUGAAGACUUGAUGGAAGGCAAUACUGGUGGAGAAAACACAUCUGAAUUUUCAGUGGUUAGUGAAGAUAGAGCAGAUACUGGUGACACACCCUUGUAUCCUGGUGCACCUCUUUCUAAAGGAGAAAGUGUACUGAUGCUGAUGUCCUAUCUGCUACGGCAUAAUUUAACUGGUGAAGCACUUACUCACUUACUGGAAAUGUUUAACAUAAUGUUUCCAGGUCUUAUCCCAUCUUCACAUUACCUUUUCCACAAAGAAUUUGGAAGUUCAUCUAAAUUUGAAGUUCACUUUUAUUGUGAAAGCUGUUUAAAAUACCUUGGCAUUAGAGCAGACUGUCCCUCUCAGUGUGACUCUUGUAACAUAGUAUUUGAUGCCUGUGCAAACCUAAAGAAUGGCUUCUAUUUCCUUGUGUUGCCCCUGUAUGCACAGAUUAAGCAACUUCUGCAAGAACAUGGUGUAAGUCUUAAUAAAAAAACUAGAACUUUCGGAGUUCUCUCUGACAUACAGUCUGGCGAAGAGUAUCAAAAGUUAUGUGAUAGUGGAGUUCUAGGAAAAGAUGACUUGACACUAAUUUGGAAUUGUGAUGGUGCACCAGUGUUCAAAAGUUCUAAAUGCAGCAUUUGGCCAAUUCAGUGUCAAGUAAUUGAACAGUGAGGGAACAGCACAUUUUGAUGUCAGCGUUAUGGUUUGGACCAAGUAAACCAUCAAUGUUAACAUUGCUAACACCGUUUGUUAAAGAAGCCUCAUUAUUAGAGAGUGAAGGUGUUGAUUGGCAAGACAUACAGGCAAACUGUCAUGUUUCUAAAGUGUUUGUACUGGUUUGUAGCUCUGAUUCGAUGGCUCGUCCAUUGCUUCAUAACACAAAGCAGUUCAAUGGUUUUCAUGGUUGUGAUUUUUGUUAUCACAAAGGUGGUAAAUCCUAUCCAUACGAUCAACCUGAACCCCCACUUCGAAAUGAAAGAGAUCAUUUCAGUCAUGCAAUGUCAGCUUCAGAUAAUGAGCCAGUAUUUGGAGUCAAAGGGCCAUCUCCUUUAAUGAAGCUCAGUCACUUCCAAAUGAUAAAUGGAUUCAUUCCUGAAUAUCAACACAAUGUGUGUCUUGGAGUCACUCAAU